ACUGCACAAGUUGCAAAUCAACAGGGCAAGUAUCUGGGCAAGAAACUGAAUAAAUUGGCGCUGGCAGGUUGCACAAAUAUCUUUCCGUCUUCGACGGAUUACUCGGAUAGUGUGGAUAACGAGAACCCGGACUUUGAUGACCGAUUGGAACCCUUUAGCUACGCGCAUUUCGGUAGUCUAGCUUACAUUGGUAAUUCGGCUGUCGCCGAUUUUGGCACUGGGUAUACGUGGAUGGGAGGAUUGGCGGCUGCCUAUCUGUGGAGAAGCGUUUAUUUCAGCGAGCAAGUUAGCUUUAGAACAAGAUCGCUAUUGGCCAUGGAUUGGACCAAGACUCUACAGCAAUGUCAAAUGAGUUAUACCCUGGCCAAGCAGGUGAUGAUCACAAAUAGUCAAAUGAUACAAGAGAACAAGAACUACCUUCCGAUUAAUCUGAUCGUGUUCAAAAUUCUUGCAGAGCUCGUCGCCUACCUCAACAGCAAGGAUCCGUCUAACUGGUCCUUUUUUGACUUCCUUUCCUCAAAUUUCGAAGUGAUCGUUAAUUCGCCACCAGACACCAACGAUAUUAAGGGUCUUGCUGGUACUUGGUCAAAGCGUUUCAAACUUGAAGCAGAGGCAAGAGGUCACCAAGCUUAUAAG